AUGCGGCUCGACGUUAAGACGAGUGGAAUUGACAAGAUCGCUAACGGGAUUGGUAUUGUGCAGAGGCAGCUCUUUGCCCGCUCGGAGCGGGUGAAAGGCAUUGAUUUCCACCCACGGAGCCAUGGCGGCCAUGUCUACAUUUGGUCGUACGAGACGCAGUCUAUCAUCAAAACAUUCGAGCUUACCGAUGUCCCUGUUCGUGCCGGUCGAUUCAUUGCGCGCAAGAACUGGAUUGUUUGCGGCUCUGAUGACUUCCAACUCCGUGUCUACAACUACAAUACCUCCGAGAAGAUCACCUCCUUCGAAGCUCACCCUGAUUAUAUUCGCUCGAUCUCCGUUCACCCAACACUACCUAUUGUCCUUACUGCGUCAGAUGACAUGACAAUUCGCGCUUGGGAUUGGGAGAAGGGUUGGAAGUGUAUCCAGGUCUUUGAGGGCCACAGCCACUAUGUGAUGGGCAUGUCCAUCAACCCGAAGGAUACGAACACGUUCGCCUCUGCCUGUUUAGAUCGUACUGUGAAGAUCUGGAACCUCGGCUCCCCCCAUGCCAACUUCACCCUGGAAGCCCACGAGACCAAGGGUGUCAACCAUGUCGAUUAUUACCCCGGUUCCGACAAGCCAUACCUCCUCACAACCUCGGACGACAAGACGGUGAAGAUCUGGGAUUAUACAACCAAGGCGCUCAUUGCUACCCUAGAGGGCCACACUAGCAAUGUUUCCUUCGCUUGCUACCAUCCUCAAUUGCCUGUCAUUGUCUCAGGUUCUGAAGAUGGAACCGUUAAGAUUUGGCACGCCAACACCUAUCGCCUCGAGCAGUCGCUAAGCUAUGGACUGGAGCGAGCGUGGUGUGUGAGCACACAAAAGAGCGGCAAUGCGUUAGCCAUGGGUUUCGACGACGGUGCGGUUGUCGUCAAGAUGGGCCGGGAGGAGCCUGCUGUUUCUAUGGAUGGCUCUGGCAAGCUGAUCUGGGCCCGACAGAACGAGGUCGUUUCUGCUGUGAUCAAGGGUGGCGAUUUAAGCAUAAAGGAUGGCGAGCCUCUGUCGCUGCCUACGAAGGAUCUCGGCUCGAGCGAGAUCUACCCUCAGAUUCUCUCUCACUCUCCAAAUGGGAGGUUUGUCGCAUGCUGUGGAGACGGUGAAUGGAUUAUUUACACUGCUCUGGCGUGGCGCAAUAAGGCAUUCGGCUCUGCUCUCGACUUCGCGUGGGGAUCCAAAGACAAUAGCAACGAUUUCGCUGUUCGUGAAUCCACGACUAGUGUGAAGAUCUUCAAGAACUUUAAGGAGCAAAGCGGCGGUCUCGAUGUUGGCUUCCAGGCCGAGGGCCUCGCAAGCGGUGUUUUGCUCGGUGUCAAGGGACAGGGUGGUAUCGGUCUCUUCGACUGGGAAAGCGGCAACCUGGUCCGCAGAAUCGAAGUUGACCCCACUGAUAACGGCGAUCUUGUUGUCCUGGCUUGCGAGGACUCUUUCUUUGUCCUUCGCUACUCACGGGAGGAGUACAUUAACGGCAUGAACAAUGGCGAGGCUGAUGAGGAUGGAGUUGAGGCUGCUAUUGAGCACGUCGCUACCAUUAACGAAACUGUCCGCACUGGAGAAUGGGUUGGCGAUUCUUUUAUCUACACCAACUCCACCAACCGCCUUAACUAUCUGGUUGGUGACCAAACAUACACCAUCUCGCACUUUGACCAGCCUAUGUACCUGCUUGGAUACCUCGCCAGAGAUUCCAAGCUAUACCUGGCCGAUAAGGAUGUCAAUGUUGUUUCCUUCAGCUUGUCUCUCAGCAUGGUUGAGUACCAGACUCUCGUUCUGCGUAACGAGAUGGACGCUGCCGCCGAUAUUCUGAGUGAUAUCCCUCAAGAUCAAAUGAACAAGGUUGCACGAUUCCUUGAAGGUCAAGGCUACAAGGAGAUGGCUCUUGAGGUUGCAACAGACCCAGAACACCGUUUCGACCUGGCUUUGGCCCUCAACGACCUCCAGACUGCCCUUGAGAUCGCCCGCCAGACCAACACCGACCACAGAUACAAGCUGGUUGGUGAUGCCGCCCUUGCCGCCUGGAACCUCUCUCUCGCCCAAGAAUGCUUUACUCACGCCAAGGACGUUGGCUCCCUCCUACUGCUGCUGCACACAGCUAGCAACAACCGAACCGAGCUCCGGAAACUGGCCACCCAGGCUUCCGAGUCAGGUCUUCACAACGUCGCCUUCUCAACCCUUUGGUCUCUGGGUGAUAUCGAUGGUUGCAUCGAACUCCUCGUCCAGACAAACCGCAUCGCUGAAGCAGUCCUCUUUGCCCAGACCUACAAGCCUAGCCGUGCUGCUGCUCUCGUAGUCCAGUGGAAGGAGUCCCUCGAGCAAUCGAAUAAGACUAAGACUGCCCGCCUGAUCGGUGUUCCUCCCGGUGCUCCGGAUGCCUCGACUGAUGAUGACCUUUUCCCUGAGUGGGAUCAAUACAUCCGCCUCGAGAAAGAGGGUAUCGCCCCAGAGCCUGUUUCCGAGUCACUCAUUGACAUCAAUGGUGAUGACGAAGCGGAGCCCGUGGCCACAACCAACGGCACCCCGGAGGCCGAAGCUGAAGCUGAAGCCGAAGUCGAGGCCGAGGCUGAUGCCGAUGAGGAGGAGAAGUCAGAGUAA